UUGAAAAGAGGUUUUUUUUUCCGUAUCCAAGUAUACUCACAAUACAUGUGUAUUAACUACUUUUUGUGUUGGAGAAGGUUUGUCAUCGAUCCCCACAGCAUUACUUGUAAUCCUCAAUCGAAAAUCGUUGCCUGUAGUUUCGAUCGCAGGUUAAUUUCUUCUUCCGGCAUCCCUGGUUUGAAGUCUGGGUUUGUAUUAGUGGUGCAAUAGAUCGAAGCUGUGAUUUUGUUUCCCUCUACUAGAAAUCUCCGUGAUUAUUUGCAUACUAGUAGUAAGUUUCUACGGUCUCUAGAUUCUGCAACAUAUAAAGUAACGUACGGUAAAUUUUAUGCUUGAAAACAUAUGGUGAUUGCGGUGGGGUUUUGUUGAUUCAAUCUUAUAGCGGAUGUUUUUGUUUGUUAAUUAAAAUAGAUCGAAAUCUUCCAUGGAAAAUCAUGAAGCUGCCUGCUGCUGGGAGAAUCUCCCAGAACUAUGUGUUUCAAUGGUCCUAGACAAGUUGGAAUCCCCCAGAAAUCUUUUUCACUUUGGGGCGGUCUGCAAGCAGUGGCAGUCAUUAUUCAAAAGUUAUGUUUUUGACACGAAAAAGAAGCGGGCAUGGCGUAAUUACGCAGUCCCCAUGUUGCUGGUCCCGCACCACAAGAGCUGGAGAAAGAAGAGAUUAUAUAGCCUUCAAGCUGAGAAAGAAGUCUCCGUUGUUAAGUUACGACAGCGUUAUGCCCAGCGGUGUUGCAGUUCUUGCUAUGGCUGGUUAGCCACGGUGAACCGCAACGCUGUCAUAACGCUAUCAAACCCUUUUAAGGAUGAUGUCCCAAACAUACUCCUGCCCGAGCUUAAGUUGCCGCAGAGGAAACCAAGAGGGCACCAGUAUGACAUUGUAAAGGUCGUGUUAUCGGCAGACCCUUGUUCGGGUGGCGGUUUUGUUGUAGGGGUAAUCUAUACCGUUUAUAAACGAGUAGCCUUUCACAAAUCAGGGGAGAAAGAAUGGGUAUAUGUAGACAUGGAUCUAUGGGUCAUCUCAGAUAUUACUUUUCAUAGGAAUUUGGUUUAUAUCAUGGGGCAUCGUACCAAUGUCAUCUCCAUUGACCUUUACAACGGUUCAGGAUCGCCCCCGCCGAAACUGAAGACGGUCGUGCCAGAACCUCCGUUGCACGACCUUGAGGCGUACUCGGAUCGAGCAUAUCUUGUGGAAUCAUCAAAGGGGAACCUGUACUCUAUUCACAGAAAACGGGAUGGAGAUGCCCAUUUAACCAAAAGAUUCGAGGUGAUGAGGCUGGUUUUGGAUGAGAAUGGGGAAUUGUUGGAGAAGAAAGAAGUGAAGAGUAUCGAUGGGGACGUGGUUUUUGUAGGAGAUAGUGUAACCAUGGCUGUUUCGGCUGCCAAGUAUUUUCCUCAAGGGAAGCCCAACUCCAUAUACUACACGGAUGAUUACAUCGAUUUAGUUAGUCCCUAUGGUCCUCAAGACAAUGGCAUUUUCCAUUUGGAUGACGAUACAGGGGCCGCUGCCUUUGGACAACAUUACCCAUUCCAAUCUUCCCACAGCCACUUGCCUCCCUAUAUCUGGAUUCUCCCACCAAUUGGUUACCUCUUGCAGCUUGAUAUACAUAGUAUAUAAAGAUCCAUUUCCAUCCUAUCCUAUUAUGUUAGUGUGUGUGUAUUUCACCUUAAUGGAAAGGGUCAUGGUAGGCCGGCUGGCCCCCAUCCCAAAUUUAGUAAAAAUGUUGAUUUUCAUUAUCCUCUAUCAACUAUUUUCAUUUAGCACUUUUGUAAGAUUUAUCUUGACGUAUAAUAAUAUAUUGUCCGCUUAGGUACUUCAGGACCGCACGACGUUAAACACGUCCACAUGAAGGGCUUCAGGUCCUGCUUAUAAACACACACACUAUCUUAUGUGUGAACGAUGUACCGCGGGAACUUCGAGUUCACGACACACCCACUUGUACGUCAAAUCUAUGCUCUUAUAGUGACUUAUGGCACUUUGAUAUAAUUUCAUAUACCCAAUUGUGAAAUUUUGUUUGUUUUCUCCCCCUCUCAAGUAGAUUAUUAGCUUGAGAAAUUAUUGUACAUAAUUACAAUAAUUUGUGGUUUACUAGGAAUUAUUUCCGUAUCCAUAGCAAUAAUUUGUAGUUGGGUCUGUUUUCACAUAGGGUCAUGCAUGUGUUUCAUUGUUUAUCAAAAUGUUUCACGUGUUUAAAUUCUAUUAUCACAAGACGACUAAAUAUACGUUUCAUACGUUCAUGAAAUGAAUAAAGAUACAAAUGUGUUUUAAACAUUUCACAAUUUAAAAAUACGGCAUAUUAUACAUGCCUAAUAUGCUAAUUUAGUGAUAGGAUAAUUUAAAACUACGGCAUAUCAUACGUGCCUAAUACUAAUUUAAAAUUACGGCAUAUAAUAUGUGCCUAAUAUACGGCAAUUAAAGAAUAAUUUAACAUAUGCACCACCUUUUUCAACGGUUUAAAAUGUAGUUUUUUCAGAUAUAUGAACCUGAAUUCAUAAGUAUAUAAGUAAUAACAAGUAUAAAAACUAUCAACUUUAAAAAAUCAUAUCAACUUCACUUUUAAUGUAAAAUUACGUUUCAAUACGUAUAAAAUUAUAUUAAGUAAAUUGUUUAAAAACGGUCCUUAUAUAAAAUACAUAUCAAUAUGUACAGUACAUGUAUUAUACACUUUAUCCUUAAAUACGUGAUUUUUUCUGAAUUUUUUCUGAAUACGUAGUUUGUUAUUUAUUGAUAAGGAAUCAUAAACAAUAAAGUAUUAACUUUUCAAUACAAUAUUUGCUUAUUUUUCAUUUAACAUUUUAGAAUUAUUUAUCUAUUUUUACAUUUCUACUACUUUUUAUAUUAUUGUUAUAUUAUUUUUCCGGAUUAUAUUGGAGGGGGUCUAUAAGUUAUGAUUUAUUGGUUAAAAGUUCGUGCUUUUAGCUUAUAAGUUAGACUUCGCAGCUUCUCAGCCUAAGCGGAACUUCUCACAUGAUCUUUUCUCUCUCUCUCUCUCUCUCUCUCUCUCUCUCUCUCUCUCUCUCUCUCUAUAUAUAUAUAUAUAUAUAUAUAUAUAUAUAUAUAUAUAUAUAUAUGAGAAGUGUGUCUUAGGCUGAGAACUGCGAAGUUUAACUAAUAGAGAAAAUAAGGUAACUUAGGAUGUUUUUACUUGGACUGUAAUUUGCUGGUCUGGUUUGGUCUGAUCUGAUCUGGUCUGGUCUGGUCUGAUUUCUUUGUAUUUUUAUAACUAUCCAAGUCUGGUCUGGACUGGUCUGGUCUGAUCUGGUCUGGUCUGGGAGGAAUUAUAGUCCAAGUAAAAACAUCCUUAUAUAACAUAAAUCAACUUAUAAAUCCAAUAACUCUAAAUCAAAAGUAUAAUUUUAGUGAUAAAUUGAGGAAGUAUGAGAUUACAAUGAAAAACACUAGUAGUAGUUGAAAAAUAUUUACAAAACAAUAUUUAUCAAAAAGAUAUUUAUUUAUUUACUAAGACAUAUAUGUCCUUAUAAACUAUUAAUACGUUAAACAUAACUUAUAAAGCCAAAUGUUUAACUUUUACAAUUUUUUAAAUAAUUUCAGAGUUCUCAGCCUAAGAACACUUCUCACCUGAUCUGCUCCCUAUAUAUAGAGAGAGAAGUGCUCCUGUCUAGCACUUCUCUAUCCGAAUUUCAUCCGAACACCUCCGUUUGGGGCGGUUGCCGGUGGAAUUUUUUGAUGAAAUAUUUUGAGCAUGUUCCUCAUCAAGUCUAGUUUAUCGUUAACGAAUUUCAGCUCAAAAUUCGAUCGGAAAGGCACUCAAAUAAUUUGUUGAAGUUAACUACGCCAAAUUAUACAUAGAAAAACGCAGUGUUUGGUGUUUAGGGUGCUAGGGGAAUAAUUUGCUAAGUCUAGGGAGUUUUGUAGGAGCCAAUUUUGGCACUGUUCAUAUGACCCAAAUGGGGUAAGAACAAUCAUUUUUUAGGAAUUUGAUGUUUUUCGAGGAUUGCGUUAUAGGCAUGGAUUCACCUGUCUACUGAACUUAGAUUGCUAAUUAUAUAAAUUUUCUUUGGUGAGACUGAGAUUAGAAUGGGGUAAUGUCUAAUAAAAAUAUGAAAAACAUAAAUUUUAUUAAAUAAUAUAGCUAGACCUCUUAUCUUGUGAAAAGAGAAUGUGAGACCCGGUCAAAAAGCAUAAGUGUUUUGCACAAUAAGAUGAGACUUGGGGAUCUUUCAAAAGAAAUGGCGUUCUCGUGCCAACAUGACAAGGAAAAACAAACCGAAUUAAAUUGGACUUGAAGGCUUUUCUAAUUCUAGCAUUAGUUCUUCGCAUACUUCAAAUAUAUGCAAAACAUCAAUAUGCAACGACGGUUUAGCUUAAUUAUACAUCACGACUACUUCUUGCAUAGAAAUAAAAGAUAGUUCAUGUUUAGUGUCUUGCGGAACUCCUUGUUCCUAAGAAUAGCCCCGAAACUUUCGAAUACACUAAGUUGCUGUCAGGUUGUUCCAAACUUCCAAAGAAAGAGACUUUUUUACCACUUACCAUCACCUUCACAAGUCCUUCUGAUCAGAAGCAAGAUUAGUUGUGUGUUGCUUUACCUUCAAGGAUGUUGUGAUUAUAUUUGUCAGUGAUUUUAGUCAGAGUACAAAGAGGUAGUUUAGAGCAGAAUUAACUUAAUUUAGUCUGUCCUUUCUGUGAAUAUACUUUUGAUUACAUGUGCAUGCUGAUGGUUAUUAAUGUCGUGUAGUGAUUUUCGUAAGUCCUGAAGUUCAGUUUGCUUGAGGACAAGCAAAGGCUUAAGUGUGGGGAGAUUUGAUAAAUUUCGUAUUUCAACAUGCAUUUGAUGCGUGUUGGGAUUGAUUUUUGCCACUUUCCCUAAUUUAAAUGAGUCACAAAACGUUUCAUUAGCUCAAGUCACGGUUUACCGGGUUUGGUUUGCGUUUGAUGUUUUUAGAAGAGAAAAUCAGGAAUUUGAACCCAGCAUCGGCGUUGGAGAUUAAUUUGAGAAGAUUUGGGACGCUUUCGAGAGAUGACAAGAAGCAUUGGAGACCCAUGGGAUGACGGGACGAUUGAGAACCAUUUUUAGAGCUAAAAGAAGUCAAAAAAUGAAGGAGGAUCGAUCAGGAUCGAACAAGGAAGAAAAGAGCAAGAAAAUGGUCCAAAAGAGGUCCGCGCGCCCUGCGCAUCUUGCCCACACGUCACGCGGAUGAUUCAGAAAGCAUGAAGUGCAAAAGUCUGAACCGCACGCCGCGUGGUUCAGAACACAACUGCAGGAGUGUCCGCAUGGUCGGGCCGUGUGGACUGGCGUAUAAUUUUGACGGAAAUUGUACGCGCUGUUUUCCGCACGGCAUGCAAACGACUGCGCAGACCGAAUUUUGUCCACUUUUGCUGAUUUCUAUAAAUUCAGCUCGUUUUUGCGUGUUAUUUAUUAUGAGCUUAGAGAGAUAAAGUCUAGAACGAAUGUUUGAGAGCUUUUCAGUCUCAGAUUGUCAACAUCUUUGGAUUAUUUGUAAGUACGUUCAAUCUUUUUAAUUAAUGACAAUUAAAUCUUUCCUUCUCAA